UAUUAUUAUGAUAACGACUAUACGUUUGUUUUUUUAGGAAAUUGAAUUUUGCGAUGCUGAAAUUGCAAAGAAAAAAGAAGAAAUUGAAGCAUACAAAAGAUUGCGAAAAAAUGUCGGAGACCUUCCAAAGAAACUCACAUAUAAUGUCAAUGUUCCAAUUAGUAAAGUAGGUUUCAUUCCUGGUCGUCUUGUUCACACCAAUAAAGUAAUGGUUUUACUUGGUGACAAUUACUUCGCAGAAUGUUCGUGUUUUCAUGCAUGUUCAAUUAUUGAACGCCGAAUAUUGUGUACGUUUAUUUAUUUUGAAAUAUUGGUUACACGUUCAAAUUACAUUUUUUUAAAUAAUUUAUUGGAACAAUGA